UAGAGAAUAUUUUGUAAACAAACAAGUGUCAGGUGGAACUUGUGAAUGAUCUGCAAUAUUAUUCAAUAUCGGGUUGCAACUGGAUUAUUAGAAGGAUUUUUUAAUCGAACGGUAAUAGAAAAAGCACCAGAGACGCGAUCUCGAGGUCUGAUUGCUUCAUAGGGUAAAAAUAAAGGUGAAAACGACGGAAAAAAAACUUUGUACUCUAUUCUUGGACCGAGAACAUCCCAGACAACACACAGUGCUAUGAAGCUUGAGUAUUGUAGUACACAGUGGAUGCUGAAGAAACACAAAAGUAAAUAGAUCAGUGAUCUGAUUGAGAAGUAGCCACACAAGUGCAUAGGAAUUGAAAUUUGGGAAAUGUUGGAAGGCAGUUUUUAUCAUCUGCUUGAAUCCUUGCUUCCUCCCACCAAGUCCCCAACUGAUCAUCUAAAAUUGAGGAAAGAUGGUAGAAGGUUCAGCAUUGUGCAUGGGCAAGACUUGCUCAGACUGGAAUACCUCAGUGCCUGUAAGGUGAUGCAAGACAGGGAGACAACAGCACGACUCCUGCCUGCAGUGCCGCACAAACUCUACCCAGCGCUCUUCGAGGCUGCAAUCCUGCACAGUUUCUAUUCAAGGAAAGGUCCUGGAUGGAAACAGACAACACUGUCAUCUUCUGUGAUUCCUUUAAUACUACAUUGGCCAUAUGAAACAAUGUGUGUGCGAGAUCUUAUUCCACCGCUGCCUCCCCCCUUGCGAAAAUGCCGAGGUGAUACUUUAAACACUGUAGGGCAGAGACUUCAACAUUUUUAUGAUAAUGUCAUGCAUCUAAUACCUCAUACUUUUCUUCAAGGGUGCACAGACACUGAAGGUGAGAGAAAUUUACGAGCCUUGAAGACACUGGACGUGUCGGGACACUACACUCAGGUAGACGGCAUUCUCUCCCCAACCCACCUCCUGCAGAUGGUCAAAAAGGCUUACAAUCCUAACACCUGUACCGAGUAUGAGAGAUUUACGAUAGUAGUGGAUGUUCGUAUAGAUGAUGGAUCGGAAAAAAAGUUUAAUGAUCUUGGCAUUAUUUGUACGCUAAGUCAGCACCAUGGGGCCAUUCUUGUUGUAAAACUACGCAGUGUUCAUAUAGUAUCUGUCUCAAUGAAGAAGAUACAGUACUUCAUAGAACUUUUAGCUAAUAAUGGAACAGAAUGUUUAGAGUUAGAAAUGUGUGAUGUAGACGACAGUGGCCUUGACUCUCUCCUUUGCAUGUCAGAAUGCUUGACAAGUCUCAGCUUAGCAUAUAAUCGGUCAAUUACCUCACUGCACUUCCUGGCUGGAAUGUCAAAUCUGUGCCAGAUCAAUCUUUCAGGGAUACGACUCCGAGACAAGGUAGAAGCUCUAAGCGCUCUGCCGCGAGGUUUGGAGUAUCUGAAGAUGGUUGGCUGCUUUCUCAAAAGUCCAGAUCUCGAGGCUCUGUCGACAACAAGACACAUGCUGACUUUAAGGCAGCUUGACCUUAGUGAAAACUCCUUUGGUCUUCCUGCAGACUUUUUUGCAUUAUGUAAUUUGUGCAAGAAUCUGGUCAAGAUAUCAGUGUUGGAACUAGAGGGCUGUUUCUUGAACGUCGUAGUGCCAGAGUCACUGACACAGCUGGUGAACAUCUUGUCAUCUCUGCCGGACUUGUGCUAUUUGAGACUGACCAGAAACGACUUCUCCUCCCGAGUGAUCCGCAGCCAUCUGUCGGAUCUCGCUCACUGCAAAAGCCUACAGUAUCUCUGUCUCACAACACCAUCGGAUAUGUACAUCAGUGAUGUAUACAGUGAGAAUGACCGCCAGAUCAAGCAGCUUCACAACCAGUUUGAUGAGCUUCUACAGGCAGUGAGAGAAACACAGAUCCAUGUUGAGUGGACUGAGGAGGCUUCAUACAGUCACUGGUUCUACACCAUCUGAUAAAACCAUGUUCGGUGCUAACUGUACUCUAGUGUGUCUAUUCCUAGUAAAGCGAAGUGAAUGAUUGAAA